AUGGCAUCAAUCGUUUUAGGCAGUAGAGAUGAUCGCUCUCCAUCUACUACCGAGAAAGAUCAUCCCUCCUUGACAAGAGAUCUUUCAGAUACCGAAAAAUUAUCCAUCGCUUCUAAUGAGGCUUACAUUACACCCCCUGAUGGAGGCAGAGGAUGGUUAGUCGUAGUCGCCUGUUUUAUGGGCUUGUUCUCCAUCUUUGGUUACAAUUACAGUUGGGGUGUGUUUUUGAAUUACUACAAGACCAAUGUCUAUGUGGGUCAAAUGAGUACUCUUUCUUGGGUGGGCUCCAUUUGCGUAGCCUUGUUUUUCAUUACAGGUCCCUUCAAUCAGCUGCUCAUUGAAAAGAUGGGCUUCAAGUACAUGCUGGCUACGGGAACUGUCUUGUGCUCUGCUGCCUUGAUCUUGGCUAGUUUUGCUACUCAAGUUUGGCACAUCUUUUUGACUCAGGGUGUCAUGUUUGGCCUGGGUGCUUCGUUUGUCAGUUUGCCAUGUAUCGGCGCCCCACAACAAUGGUUUUCAGAAAGAAGAGGUUUGGCCAUUGGGUUAGCUAUGUCUGGUUCAGGUAUUGGCGGUCUUUGUGUAGCUAAUAUCAGCAUGGCUGCUAUUGAGCAUGUUGGCUACCGCUGGGCUCUCCGUAUUGAUGGUAUUCUGGUCUUUGUGCUCUUGUCAUUUGCCACUUGCUUUGUGCGUCCGUUUGGAGAUGUCAAAAAGACAGGUGGUGGACGCAAGAUCUUCAACUGGUACCUGUUCAAGAACCCCAUGUUCACCGUUAUGUUCAUGCAUGGUUUGAUCACUACAUUUGGCUACAUGACACCUUUCUUUUUGCUUCCUUCUCACGCCAAUGCGCUGGGGUUGGAUCCCUGGGUAGGCGCUAACCUCUCUGCCAUCAUGUCUGCCGUCAAUGCGGUUGCGAGAGUGUUUACAGGCUAUAUGGGCGACAGGCUAGGUCGCUUCAACAGUCUGUUCAUCUGUACCUUUUUGUGUGGUGUCAUGUGUCUUGUGAUUUGGAUCAAUGUUCACAACGAAGCAACUCUCUGGGUCUUUGCCAUUUUGUAUGGCUUCUUUGGUGGCGGCUACAUUGCUCUAUUCCCCACAGUUCAGCCUCAAAUUGUGGGUCUGGAGCACAUUGGUCCUGCUAUUGGUCUGCUCUAUACAACCAACAUCUUUGGUUAUAUGUUUGGUACGCCCAUUGCCUCUGUAUUGAUCAAUCUGUCAAAACCUGCUAACUACGUCAAUGGUGCUAUUUGGGCGGGUUGUACUAUCAUUGUUGGUUCACUUUUCGCAGGCUGGGUCCGUGUGAUGAAAGGUGGAUGGACAUUAGCCAAAAUUUAA